AGGUUUAUUUAUUUUCAGUAUAUAUAGCGUGAUACCUGCUACUACAGUAUCAGUCACUUCAGUGUCAGUAUUGCCUUCAUAAUUUAUAUUACAAGACCUCUUAAAAACACAGACAUGAAGACUGUUCUGAUCUUAGCCGCGCUCGCCGUGAUCGCCUCAGGCGCAGUGGUCAAGACCCCACUCACCCGGCAAAACCUCAACAUCGGCACCAUCGGCGCCGGCGACAGGAUCCUCUUGAACCGCAACGUGCUGAAGUACCCCGCAAACAACGCCAUCCAGUCGGAGGACCUCAUCUACCGCGGCAACUACAACAUCACCGCCAUCCGCGCCACUGAACGGGGCUACACCCAAUACGCCAAUGCCUUCCUGAUCAGCGGAGGGGUCGGCCGCAGGAAUGCCACCAUCAGGUUCCAGUCAGCCCGAGGGUACGGGUACAACUACGAUGUGGUGAUCUACGGACGCUGAUCACCAGUUGACCAGAUUGAUCACUGAUGGUCACUACGACGUUUGGCUUGAACUUGAAACAUGGACUAAGGAAUUUGUGAAUAAAUUUUGUUGACAUGUA